AUGGAAUCUGAGGAAGGCGGUGAUGGUGUGAAUUAUAGUGGGAAUUUUGUCACCGAUACGUUUUUUCCUACAUUUGACGAUGCAGUUACAUGGGCUGAUGGUGUUUCCAUAAAAUUGGGAUUUAUAUUGGUGAAAUCGUCUUAUAACAAAACCACAGAUGGUCGGCCGUAUCGGUAUUUGCGAUGUGAUCGGUCACGAAGGAGCAAGCCGAGAGAUUUGGAGAACGCGAUACGGAAGGACACCAAAACCAAAACUAAUGGUUGUCCAUUCUACAUCAAGAUAUAUUAUGAUGUCAGCACCGAAAGUUGGAAGAUCAUUGCGAAAAAUGAUCACACCGGGACACAUAACCACCCAAUGAUUGUGUACCCAGAGGGUCAUCGUAAAGUGAACGGAUUGAGUCCGGGUGCAAAACAGGUUGUGCGGGACAUGACAAAGUCCAAGGUUGCUCCCCGUAACAUCAUGUCCACUAUUGCCGAGCAAUUUCCUGAUGAUCAUCCAAACAUCCGACACAUUUACAAUUUCCGAAAUGACUUCAGGAUGGAGAUGUCCGAAGGAAGAGGAGUUGUUCAGCAAUUUCUUCAUCUGGCGAGAGAGAGUAAAUACAUUGACUGGGUCACGAACGAUGAUCACAACGUUUUGCAACAUGCAUUUAUGGUGCACCCGAUCAUGGUCAACAUACUCCACACAUACCCACAUGUCAUAGGUAUGGAUUCUACUUACAAGAACAAUCGAUUUAACAUGCCUUUCUUUGAGAUAGUAGGCGUGACACCGAAAAACCAGAAUUUUCUAGUUGGAUAUGUUUUCAUGCGCGACGAGUGCACGGCUAGCUAUCGGUGGGUGUUGCAGAGAUUAAGGGAGUUGAUUGGGUUUGAUAAAGAGCCAUCUGUAUUUAUUUCAGACUGUGAUCUUGGGCUAUGUGCGGCUUUGAGAGAAGUCUUUCCAGGGACGUCACAUUUACUCUGUCUAUGGCACAUUAACAGAGAUGUGGAGGCUAAGGUGACGAAGAUGUUUGGAAACAAGACGGUUGGUGUCAGUUUUAGAGCUGGGAGAUGGUUCAAAAUCGUGAAUGCAACAACACAGGCGGAGUAUGAUCGUGCUCUAACUGCCAUGCAAGUGAGGUGGGGAAAAUAUCCAGAAGUGAUUCAGUAUGUUCAGAGAACAUGGCUUUGUCAUAAGGAGAAAUUUGUGAAAUUUUGGACGAACCAGGUUCUUCAUUUUGGUAACACCACCAACUGCAGAGUUGAGAGCCAACAUUCAGCAGUGAAAACUUGGUUUGAAUCAUCCACAGGUUCUUUGGAUACCGUAUGGGCCCGAGUCCAUUGUCAUAUCGGUAAUCGCAUCAUACAAAUUCGUAAUGACUUGGAGGCAUCAAGGUCUAAAAUUGGUCAGAUGUACAGACAGUUGCCACUGUCACGUAUAAAUGGCAAAGUGUCUCAACAUUGCUUGAAAGUUCUGGAUAAGGAGACGAAAAGGAUGCGGGAUUUGAGUUACCAGGUCCAUGAACAGUGGUUUGACGCUCGGGAAACAAUAGCGAACGAGAUCACUGGUCAUCCUGAUUUGUACGAACGGAUUUACGAGCUUGGGCGAUUUUGGAUGAACGUGGAGCGUAUUCGAUGGGAUGGUGGGACUGUCGGGGAGCGGCAUUGGAUGGUUACAAUUCAAGAUUUAUUUCCUAUUGCUACGUGGUUCAACGCAAGGGUGAUUUGUCUCAGAGUAGGCCUAGUACCAACUUGCUACUACCCAUGCAUCACAGUCUUACCGCUUAGGGCACGCAACGGGGUUCGGUCACCGACUUGA